AAUGCACAACAGAAAACCCAGACCGAUCCAUCUAAAUUGACCCGCACCGUAUUAUGAACUUCUGCCGCCUCCUCACCGCCAGAAGAAAGUGGCUGCAGCUGCCAACACCUCCGCCAAAUGAGUGAAUGACUACGUCUAAGCAAAAUUUCAAGUUUCCUGCGAAGGUCAGAACAACGUUUUACGUAAUAACGGCCACCGGCCUCACCCUCCGUGCAGCCGACUACCUCAAUUUCCCUCCAUUUUGUUCUCUCAAUUCGUCUUCCUUCUUUCCCGAGAAAAUUAGGGCUGCAAUCCACGCCGUUUUUCGCUCCUCUCGCGCAAUCUCCACAAUUGGUUUCACCAUUGCAGACUACAAGUAUUCAUUGCGGGGGCUUCCGGUGGACUCCGAGGACUAUCGUGGCAAACUAUCUGAGGUUCAUUUACGUUCAGCCAACAGAAUGCUGAAAUUAUGUGAAACCAAUAAAGGUUUCUAUGUGAAAGCUGGCCAGUUUGUUGCUGCGCUGCGGCAAGUUCCAAAAGAAUACUCUUCAACCCUUUCCUCACUACAGGAUCAGGCCAUUCCUUGUCAUUUCAAAGCAAUAAAAGAAGUACUAGUCAGCAAUCUGGGUCAGGAUUUGUCGAAGAUAUAUUUGUCAUUUGAUGAACAACCAAUAGCUGCUGCAUCUAUUGCUCAAGUCCAUCGUGCCAUUCUGAAAGAUGGUCAAGAAGUAGCAAUUAAGGUGCAAUACCCUGGGCUGGAACUCCAGAUGAAAAUUGACAUAACCACUAUGUCGUUCCUUUCAAAAUCUGUUGCACUGUUGUUCCCUGAUUAUAGGUUUGACUGGUUGGUAUCAGAAUUCACGAAGGCCAUCUCUUCGGAACUUGAAAGUCGCAGAAAGAGAACUAAUGGAUUGAUUGCAUAUGAUCAAGAUUUCAUGCAGGAGGCAAGAAAUUCUGAGAGAACAGCCAAAAAUUUUAAAAACAAGAAGAUAGUCAGGGUUCCUCGUAUAUUUUGGGAGUUCACUACAAGUCAGGUUCUGACAAUGCAAUUUUGUCGGGGUCACAAGGUUGAUGAUAUGGGAUUUUUUAAGGAAAUGGGAAUAAGUCCUAUAAAGGUAGCAAAAACACUGGUAGAAGUCUUUGCUGAAAUGAUAUUUAUCCAUGGUUUUGUACAUGGGGAUCCACAUCCUGGUAACAUAUUAGUUUCUCCAGAAGGUCCAAAUGGCUUUUCUUUGGUGCUUCUGGAUCAUGGAAUCUACAAGCAAUUGGAUGAAGGAUUUAGAAUAGACUAUUGUCAGCUCUGGAAGGCAUUGAUUCUUCAGGACUCGCUUCAAGUACAGCAACUUGGUGAACGAUUUAAUGUUGGGAAGUACUCUAGAUACUUCCCUGUCAUAUUUAUUGGAAGAACUAUUGACAGUAAAUCAGCUCUUGGGAGCGGAAUGUCCGCAGAAGAGAAGAGGAUUUUGAAACAGGAGCUGAAGUCCUUAAAGAUGGAGGACAUAUCUUCAUUUAUGGAAUCUUUACCACCUGAUUUUCUCACAAUAUUGCGUACAGAUGGGCUUCUGAGGUCACUCGUUAGCAAGUUGGGUGCUCCACAGCGAAUCAGGCUCUUAACCUACGCCAAAUAUGCAGUAUAUGGUCUUUCUCUGAAGUCUGAUCCUAAUUCUGGUUAUGCGGGGAAAGCUGCAUUUUCCAGAUUGAAGACAAAUGUUAGUUACCUUCAGUCACGACUUAUUAUUGAGGGGCUGGAGCUGCUAUCUUGGAUGGAGAGGGUCAAGCAAUUUUUGCGUACCUUAUGUAGAAAGAUUUUGAGUGCGGCAUUGGUGUAGUGAAGGGGUUCUGACUGGUGCUAGGCAGAAAUGAACUUGCAUCCUUUCAUUUGCCCAAGUGGAGGUAUUGUAAUGCCUCGAGAAACUAUUACUUGCGAUGGUGGAGCUCCUCUGCCACUCCCGUGACAUAUGGCCCAACCUUGUGGGAACCGUAUAGAACUCCCAUAUCAACUGUCAUAGAAGGAGAAUACAUAGGUUUUAUCAAAUACUUGUAUGAGAUAGUUUACGUUUUUAAUAUAUCUUCCUUUUCUUGCUCC